AACACACACACACACAAGGAAAGGGAAAGCAGGAGGCAGACAGCCUCAUCAAACAGGUUACCGUCCAGAAUAAACAUGUAAUUAUUAUCAUUAUUGUGCUUUAUCAUUAGCAGCUGUAUUAGUGUUAAAAUGUUUGACAUCAUUGUUGUGGCUCUUCUCAACAUGAUGUAACAGCUUUCACUUUACCAGCCAGAGCAGCAGCUGAGGAGGAAAAUGAAAGUUGUGAUGGGAAAUCACCUCCUGCAGCAUUUAUAAGGGAUCACAGAGCUGCCGGCUUGCAGAUCAACACUAAACUCUGAGCCAUGCAGGCUGAACACGUGCUGAUAGAAUCCACGUUUAACCGUCCAAACAGGAUGAAGGAAAUCUUCAAAUCUGUGGCAAAGAGGGCUGACAGCAAGAUGCGGAAACUCGGAAGGAGGAAACCUCGGAGGACUGACAGCAAGAGACUUUUAAUGGAGAACAACAACAAUGACAGACACGAUGGGUUCAACGGGUGUGACAACCCCAUGACUCAGAACAACUUCAACACCCACGUAGAACAGCGCUUACCCACUGUGGAGGAGAUCAAAUAUGAGGAAUUAGCCGAACUCCUACAAGUCUCCCCUGACGUGUCUGAGGAUGGAUCUUGCUCAAUGAGCUCUGUUCACCUCAUACAAAGAUCUGUGUCCCAGCACUUCCCCGAGCCGCCAACAGAUCUGGACCAGAACCUUCAGCAGCACCUGUUCAAGGUGCAGGAAGCUGUGUGCAACGAGCUCGUGAGGCUGGGUCCGCUGUUCGAAACUAUGGGGUUGAUGGACUGUCUGUUUGAUUGCUACCAUCGUCACACAUUUCAUCACCUCAAUGAUCUACUCCAGAAGGUCCACAGCUCCCAGAAUUGUCUUGUGCUGAUGAAGUGGGUCCUACAGACAUAUCCAAGUGCGGAGCUGCUCGGUCAUCCCGACCUCCAAAGAACCGACCCCAUAAAGAAAGUCGACUCGCUGCUGAACCAAGAAUGGCUCCAAAAAGCGAGGGACAAACUGCUUGAUAAUGUGGAGAAAGAGGUCAGAGCUUUGCUGGAGAAAAUCCUGCAGAUUGAGAAAAAGAAUCAGGAAGAUUUUGAUUGUGAAGAAGCUUUUGUUGGAUUUUACGUGGACACCAUUCAGUGCAUCGAAGCCGUACCCAAAGAAGCCCAAAAAAUCAGCCGAAAACUGUCUCUCGACGUCCGGGCGGUUUGUUUCCGAGAGCUGCUGACGUUUCUGGAGAGGUACUCCACUGAGCAGGCAGAGAUUCUUGGAAAAAAGGCAAAACUGGACAAACCAGAAAUGAUUCCCUUCUUCAAGACUUUGACCGCCUGUAGUAAAAUCAAGCUUCACGUUCAGACCACAGCUAAAGACGUCAAAGGAUGCCACAUCGAGGAAAUUAUGGAAACGCUUGACAACAUGGAGGAUCUUACUUUGACACUUCUGAAGCAGAUUGUAACAGACAUGGCAAAGAGGAACCUAGAGAGGUACUUCAAAACGGAGAACAAGCAUUUCUUCGUCUUCAUCGUCCUGAUAGAGACGUAUUUCUCCAAGGACUUCUGUCAGGAUGUGAAAAAGAGAGUGAUGAAUGAGGUCUAUAAACUCAUCAGCCACAUUUACCUCAAACAUCUCGUCCGACGCAGCCACAGCAAACUGACCAAACGCUGGAGUCCUGACGUCGGACAGGCGGUCACUGAAGAUGCUGAGCUGCUUCACAACACCAUCUCCAACCUGGCUCCUGGUGUCCAGCAGUGGAACCUCAUGCUGCUGAAAAUCAAAGAGCUGCUCGACUGUCAGAGCAUCGUGGCCGUCCAGCUCACAGUUGCGAGCAUGCAGAAGGAAUGUCCCACGUGGAGAGAGGACCAGGAUCUCCUGCCUACACUGCUGCGAUGGAAGGGUCUCUCUGGACGGAGGGUUAAGGAGGUGAUGAACAUCCUCCCCGGGCAGCAACCCAGAUCCAGACCUGUGUCAUGUUUCUCCUGGAUCUUCUGUUGGGUCAGCAGAGAAUCAACCAUAACAAGCAGAGAAGAGGACACAUCUGACUGUUGAAGAUGUUCCAGAGACUUUUGAUGAACUUUUCAGAUCAGCUGUUGAAUCUUACUCCGUUACUGCUUCGCUUCAUUUGUCAAAUCUAGAUAUCUAGAUAGACAAAGAGAAGCAGAAGGUUACAAAUAUUUUUAUAAGCUGUGAGACUAAAGAGAGGCUGUGGUUGUUUCUGUGUAAAGAGUCACAGAGAAACAGCAUUCCUAAUUUUUCUUAUUUCAGCUUUAAAGUCUCUGAAAAAACUAAAUAUAAUUUGGUUUUAAGGUUUUAUUAAGGUGUUUACAUGAGCAUGUUUUUGAAUAUUUAGGUGGAUAUUGGUUGAGGGAACAGGAUGUUUGCGCACCGUUAACGGUAACACGUGGGAAGAUUUUCUCGUUAAGCUCUGACAAUCGAAAGCACAAGCAACGAUUUAAAGGGAAUCAAUGAAAGUGGAAUCAGUUUGUUCUGUCAGGCAGUUUUCUUUGUUUCAAAACCUUUAAAUGCUCCGUUUUCUUUUUACAAACUUUCAUUUGCUUUUAGUAGCAUCGGUACUUAAAUAUACCAAAGUUAACGGCACUGAUGGAGAUGCACUCACUCUUAUCCAUCAUGUUUGUAUUUAAUAUUUUAAUAUUUAAUAUAUUUGUAUUUAUUAUCAUUUAUUUAUUUAUUUUUGUUAAAACCGUUUUCUACAAACAUUCCAGUAAAUAAUAUAAAAUCAAAGUUUACUGUUCAGAUCAAACUUGAACUGUUUUUGUUUUGUUUUUUUUACCUGUAAAUGUGUGACAUACUUUAUGAUUUAUGCAUCUUCUAAGCAGAGAUCUGUAAAUACAGCCAAUGACUGUUAUUUCUACAUGUGAACUUUUUAAUAAUUCAUUCCACUGAAAGCACACGUGGUAUUUUUUCUGUGAGGUGGUCUGUAUUGGUUUACUGCAGUGUCAUGUGUUCUCCAUUAAACAGUGUAAUGAAUAAA